GUUUUUAUUAGUACAUAUGUCAUAUUUUUAUCUGUUGUCGAGGGUUUUUUAGCGGGCUUUCUUGUUUUUGAACUGCUGGUUGAAAAAUGUGCGAAAAUCGGAAGGAUUUGGCCAGGCAAUAUGUUGUCGAAGAAAAUAUUUGGAAUUCUUCAUGUUCUAGCGCAUCGGAAAAAGCCGCGGCAUGGCGACGGCAGCUUCUUAUAUUAGGAAAUUCGGAACAUAAUUUGCCAAAAACCGAAGUCUAUGCCCUGCUACAACAUCAUCAUGCCCGUUUGGAUUCUAAAACCUUAGACGAAUAUAAAUGUAAACGCAUAAAUUCGGUAAAAUCGCUUUUAGAAAAGAAUAAUCACAUUAAACCAAUAAUUUAUAAGAAAGAUAAUUACAUAUUUGAGGAUUCGGAUUUUGAGCCUUCGUGUAGUGGUGCCUAUGAAAGUUGUAAGAAAAGAGAAAUAACAGAAGAUGAUUUGCGGUAUUUCCAAGAUUCGAAUUACCGAGAAAAUAUUGAAAUAAACAGUAACGUGGACACAGACGUACAACCACAACCGAGAAGUAGUACAUCAACCUUUUUACAUCCACAAAAACAACCUAAACUUGAUGAAAGUACCAAGGCAACAAGUAAUAAAACUGAAAGAAUUACCGAAAACCCCGUAAGCUGCGAUAAAACACACAUUAAUGAACCAUCCAUAGAAGAAAACCAAUUUCGAACCGCAAGAGAAAUACUUUUGGCUAAAACCAUCCAAAAAUCUAAUACUAAUAAUGAACGUAGCGGAAAUGAUUUUAAGGAUAUGUCGAAUCCUACCAAGAAAACAGAAGUACCCAUGUAUUUCAAUUAUGGCAUAACCAAGAAAGUGUUAGGUUCUCGAAGGACAACAAGGUCAGGAUUUGUUUCACCCGUAGCAAAGGACAGUACAUUUGCGACGAAUUCAUCACCUCAUCAUACUCCGUCGCCACCAUUAAAUUCAACACCCGAAGAAAUUGAUGAGAGACUUAAAAAUAUAGAUCCAAAAAUGGUCGAUCUAAUUAAGAAUGAAAUAAUGUACAAAUACAAGCCUAUGGACUGGAAUGAUAUCGCUGGCUUAGAUUACGUAAAAUCGAUUAUUAAAGAAGCGGUUGUAUACCCCUUACUGCGUCCUGAUAUAUUUACUGGCUUACGACGUCCUCCACGUGGUAUAUUAUUAUUUGGACCGCCAGGAACAGGGAAAACGCUAAUUGGUAAAUGCAUCGCUUCUCAAUCGCAGUCAACAUUUUUUAGUAUUAGUUCGUCUACUUUAACAUCAAAAUGGGUUGGUGAAGGUGAAAAAAUGGUAAGGGCAUUAUUUGCGGUGGCUGCUGUACAUCAACCGUCGGUGGUAUUUAUCGAUGAAGUUGAUUCUCUUCUGUCUAAACGCUCUGAAUCUGAACAUGACAGUUCCCGCAAAUUAAAAAACGAGUUUUUGGUGCAAUUGGAUGGCGCUGCAACAAGUGAAGAAGACCGUGUACUCAUUGUAGGCGCUACUAACAGACCACAGGAGUUAGAUGAUGCUGCACGCAGGCGCUUCGCCAGACGUUUAUACAUCCCUCUUCCUGAAGUAUGUGCUCGAAUACAAAUUCUAAAAAAUCUGCUGGGAAGUGUUAGUAAUGAUUUAGAUGAAAAUAAUAUACAGAUGAUUGGAGAUCAAACUAACGGUUACUCCGGUGCAGAUAUGGAUAUUCUCUGCCGUGAAGCUUCUAUGGAACCAUUGCGUUCAAUACCACCUGAUCAGAUUCUCCAUAUAGUUAAAGAUAAGGUACGCCCAGUAAAUAUCAACGAUUUUAUAUUGGCUUUGCAAAGUGUACGACCGAGCGUGUCAAGAGACGACUUAGCUCAAUACAUUGAAUGGAACAAAGAAUAUGGCGCAUUACAACAAAUGAAAUAAAGAAACCCAUACGCAACAUUUGAACCGAACUAUGCUGUAGUAAUGUAUGAAUUUUUAAUGCAAUCAUAUAUUUCAUCAUAACAAGAAACUUGAAAUUCUAAAAGAUUGUUCUAUCUAAAAACAUUGAAGCAUAUUGUGAACAGUUCCUUGGCUAAUGAAGUAUUAUCUAUUUUUUAUCGAUUUUCCAAAUGUAUACGACAAGAUUUAUCGAUAUUUGUUAUAUGUUAAAUCUGUUUCGCUAUCUCUAGCUAGUGUGUUUAUAAGAAGUAAAUGUGCUACAAUGAGAAAAAAAGAAAUUGUGUUUGAUUCGGAGAAAAGGAAAAACUUUUUGAGUGGUUUCCGGAAACGAAAAAAUGAACGUCGAGCUAGGGCUAAAGAAGAACUUGAGCGCAAUAUUAAAGAGGAGCGCAAGAGGAUCAGAAAUGAUGUUAAAAACAGCAUGGCAAAGAUGAAGAAAACAUUUCAACCCCUUGUUCUGGAUCCUGAAAUAGAGGAAAAGUGUCUUGAAAAGGAGUAUGAAGACGACGAAGUCGAAAUAAAUGUUAUUGAGUUGGCGCCAAAGAAUAUAAAUUUGGAUGAAGAUUGCGACAGCGAUUCCAACGCAAGCGAAACCGCUGAUAAAGGAUCGAACAUUAAUU